AAGAAGAAGCAGGCUCCUAAACAUAUCACUGUUGCUUUUGUGUGUGCUUAGCUGUCAGUUUCAUCAGGACACAGAGGGCAACGAGAACGAGGUAAUUUAGGAGCCACUGGAUUAGCUCAUUCAAUCGACUUGAUAUUGAAAGUCAGGAAACAAAGACCGCUGACAAGUGGAAAUCGAAGGCCCUCUGGAGAAAUAGGUUUCCAGUGGAUCAUUUGACUGCAGUUUGGUUGAAGUGAAAGUAGUCUCAAACCUGCUCUGUGGUUGUUUUGGAGAGACAGGCGAGUUGUGUGUGUGCUAAAGGACUGCGAUGCACCGCUUAAGGACUUGUGCUGCCCGGCUGCGGCCACUGACUGUCUCUCAGACCUUUUCACAGCAGAGGCCUGCGGCCGUACCAAAGACGUUUCAGCCAGUCAGGUGCUACACUUCACCUGUGGCUGCAGAGCCUUUCCUCAAUGGAACGAGCUCUAAUUACGUGGAGGAGAUGUACUAUUCAUGGUUAGAGGACCCCAAGAGUGUGCAUAAGUCUUGGGACAUUUUCUUCCGCAAUGCCAAUGCAGGUGCUACCCCAGGCAAGGCACACCAGAGCCCUCUGAGCCUGGCCGGGCUGCCCCAGGCCCAGUCCCUGGUGGGGGCUCAGAUCAAUGUGGAGAAGCUGGUGGAAGAUCACCUGGCUGUCCAAUCCCUCAUCCGUGCCUACCAGAUCCGUGGGCACCAUGUUGCUCAGCUGGACCCUCUAGGGAUAAUGGAUGCCGAUCUGGACGCUCAUGUCCCCAAUGACAUUAUAACAUCCUCGGAUAAACUCGACCUGGCAAUGUUCAAGGACCGUCUCAGUAUUCUAACUGUUGGAGAAUCUGACUGCGUGUCACAUUUUAGAGCUGACAAACAUUGGGAGAGUGGCUUCUAUGGACUGGAUGAGUCGGACUUGGAUAAAGUGUUCCGUCUGCCUACCACCACCUUCAUCGGGGGCACUGAGACAGUCUUGCCCCUGAGGGAGAUCAUCCGCCGCCUGGAGAUGGCCUACUGCCAGCACAUUGGGGUGGAGUUCAUGUUCAUCAAUGACUUGGACCAGUGCCAGUGGAUCAGGGAGAAGUUUGAGAAGCCCGGCGUCAUGCAGUUCACCCUGGAGGAGAAGAGGACCCUGUUGGCCCGCAUGGUUCGCUCCACCAGGUUCGAGGAGUUUCUCCAGAGGAAGUGGUCAUCAGAGAAGCGGUUCGGCCUGGAGGGCUGCGAGUCUCUGAUCCCCGCCCUCAAGACCAUCAUUGACAAGUCCAGCGAGAAGGGUGUGGAGAACAUUGUCAUGGGCAUGCCACACAGGGGUCGUCUGAACGUCCUGGCCAACGUCAUCCGCAAGGAGCUGGAGCAAAUCUUCUGCCAGUUUGACUCCAAGCUGGAGGCUGCUGAUGAGGGCUCUGGAGACGUAAAGUACCACCUGGGAAUGUACCACAGGAGGAUCAACCGUGUGACGGACCGCAACAUCACCCUGUCCCUCAUGGCUAACCCCUCCCACCUAGAGGCCGUGGACCCCGUGGUGCAGGGCAAGACCAAGGCCGAGCAAUUCUACUGUGGAGACACAGAGGGACACAAGGUGAUGUCUAUCCUGAUGCACGGUGAUGCUGCCUUUGCCGGCCAGGGCGUCGUGUACGAGACCUUCCAUCUCAGCGACCUGCCCUCCUAUUCCACUCACGGCACGGUGCACGUGGUUGUCAACAACCAGAUUGGCUUCACCACUGACCCCCGUAUGGCGCGUUCCUCUCCGUACCCCACUGACGUGGCCAGGGUGGUCAAUGCUCCCAUCUUCCAUGUCAACGCUGACGACCCUGAGGCUGUGGUGUACGUGUGCAACGUGGCAGCCGAGUGGAGAGCCACCUUCCACAAGGACGUGGUGGUGGACCUGGUGUGCUACCGGCGAUUGGGCCACAAUGAGAUGGAUGAGCCCAUGUUUACCCAGCCCCUGAUGUACAAGCAGAUCAAGAAACAGAAGGGAGUGAUGCAGAAGUAUGGCGAGAAGCUAAUCGCCGAGGGCGCCGUCUCGAGACAGGAGUACGAGGAGGAGAUAGCCAAGUAUGAUAAGAUCUGUGAGGAGGCACAUGUUCGCUCCAAGGAUGAGAAGAUCCUCCACAUCAAGCACUGGCUGGACUCUCCCUGGCCUGGUUUUUUCAACCUCGAUGGCCAGCCCAAGAGCUUGACCUGCCCGACAACCGGCCUGACUGAGGAGGAGCUGAUCCACAUCGGACAGGUGGCCUCUUCAGUGCCAGUCGAAGACUUCACCAUCCAUGGUGGUCUGAGCCGUAUCUUGAAGGCCCGAGGAGAGAUGAUCAAAAACCGCACAGUGGACUGGGCCCUGGGGGAGUAUAUGGCCUUUGGCUCACUGCUCAAAGAGGGCAUCCAUGUUCGCCUCAGUGGCCAGGAUGUGGAGAGAGGCACCUUCAGUCAUCGUCACCAUGUGCUGCACGAUCAGAACGUGGACAAGAGGGUCUGCAUCCCCAUGAACCACGUGGCCCCCAACCAGGCCCCCUACACCGUCUGCAACAGCUCCCUGUCGGAGUACGGUGUGCUGGGUUUCGAGCUGGGCUUUGCCAUGGCCAGUCCCAAUGCCCUGGUGCUGUGGGAGGCUCAGUUCGGAGACUUCCACAACACAGCCCAGUGCAUCAUCGACCAGUUCAUCUGCCCCGGCCAGGCCAAGUGGGUCCGCCAGAACGGCAUCGUCCUGCUGCUGCCCCACGGCAUGGAGGGCAUGGGCCCAGAACACUCCUCUGCUCGUCCAGAGAGGUUCCUCCAGAUGUGCAACGAUGAUCCUGACAUGCUCCCAAGCAUCACAGACGACUUUGCCAUUCGCCAGCUCCAUGACUGCAACUGGAUUGUGGUCAACUGCUCCAACCCUGGCAACUUCUUCCACGUGCUGAGGCGGCAGAUUCUGGCGCCCUUCAGGAAGCCUCUCAUUGUUUUCACCCCCAAAUCCCUGCUGCGCCACCCUGAUGCAAGGUCCAACUUUGACGAGAUGUUGCCAGGCACAGAAUUCCAGCGCCUGAUCCCAGACAGUGGCCCCGUGACCCAGAACCCAGCCGGGGUGAAACGCAUAGUCUUCUGCACAGGAAAGGUGUACUACGAGCUAACCAAGGAACGCAAGGCCCACGGCAUGGAAGACAUGGUCGCCAUUGCUCGCAUGGAGCAGCUGUCUCCCUUCCCCUUCGACCUAGUGAAGGCUGAGUCCAAGAAGUACCCCAAUGCCGACCUGGUGUGGUGCCAGGAGGAGCACAAGAAUCAGGGCUACUAUGACUAUGUCAAGCCCCGCAUGCGCACCACCAUCGAACGCGCCAAGCCAGUCUGGUAUGCUGGUCGCCCACCUGCCGCGGCCCCAGCCACAGGAAACAAGAAGGCCCACCUAGUGGAGCUGAAGAAUUUCCUGGACACUGCCUUUGAUCUGGAUGCCUUCAAGGACCAGAUGUAACCAUCUCCCCCACCUCCUCGGUCCCAGGAGAAGGGGUAGCCUUCACCCUCUGCAACCCAGAAGCCCCUCCGUCCCAUACACGCACACACAUAUGCCCACAUACCACCCGAACUUGUCGCUCAGAGCAAACCUACUCUCCUGGCCGGGGUCUCUCUGCCUAGUCCACAACAGCACCAGUCCUGUUCAUUUUAAACCACUGCUAUCUUUCCCCUACCCAGACCCUCCCUCAUCCACUCCUCUUGGUUCUGUUUGAGCAUGCCCUCUCCCACCUUCAUCAGACACAUGCCCCGAAACCACACUCAGCAGUAGAGAGCCAGCCAGUCAGUCAGUGGUCAGGAAAGAGAACCUUUGUACAGUCAGUGAUAAGUGAUCCUUAGCUUCAUUUCAUGUUCUACUACCGAAUUAAUGACAUUUUAUUUUCAUGUCAAAUUGGCAAGCCAUCCUUUAUGGGAUUAAUUGACACAUAAACAAACAUUACAAUUUACUAUGGUCAUUAAAUGAUCAUUCUUCUUCUGGUGUUCUCUACCUGUAUUUCUCUACUUAACACUCCACUCACCAACAAUAUAACCUUCUUGUGUUGGAUUUUGCUUCUUAAGCCGUGUGUGUGUGUGUGUGUGUGUGUGUGUGUGUGUGUGUGUGUGUGUGUGUGUGUGUGUGUGUGUGUGUGUGUGUGUGUGUGUGUGUGUGUGUGUGUGUGUGUGUGUGUGUGUGUGUGUGUGUGUGUGUGUGUGUGUGUGUGUGUGUGUGUGUGUGUGUGUGUGUGUGUGUGUGAGCUGUACUGGUGAUUGUAUUUAAUUCUGUUGCUAUCACAAUUGUCAUCCUUUCGAAAAGCACCUUCAUCCUUUGGCUCCUUACAUAGCCAGAGGAUGGGGCAACCAGUUUGAGAUAACUACAGCUAGUAUUUGGCAAACACACAACGGUUAGUUCAAUUUUGAUAGGAAUCAGGUGUUCCCACCUCCUGUUCUCUGCUCUGAGUGCAUUGCAGUGAUGAAACCCCUUCCCUUUCCUCUCUGAGCUCCAGGGCUAUCCCCUUUGUGAGUGUUGCUGAUAUCACCAUCUGCAACAGAUUUACCUUUUAGUUAGUUUAUUGGUUGUUUUAUUUUUUUGCUUUUCAAAUCAACGUUCUCGUAAUGGCUAAUAGAAAAAGAGAUAUUGAAUAAGGGGAAUGGGCGAUAUCUUUGGAUUCACUCACAGUUGUGUUCAGUGAAAUACUAGUACAUUUAACUAGAUGAAUGAUCUUAUUUUUCUCUAUCUUGCACAGUUUCUUGCGAAAUGGGCUGAGAGUUGGAUGAGGGAAAUUGGAAUGUUGAAAUGGUGAGAUGACUUAGUACCUUGUUUGUCCUUCUGCAGUGCAGGACAAGCAGGUUGGAGCUGAUCUUGACAUAUCCCCCACCGUGCCAAAACAUUUUUCCAAGCAUUUAUAAUUUGUUUGAGGGUGUGUAUGAAUUAAUUACCAGAGGAUUUAUUUUUAGCUAGCUGCAUACCUAAUACAAAUAGAUUUAUAACAUUUUGUAUGGAAAGAAAGCUAAUUAUUUAUUUUCAAAUAGGGGAUUGAGAUUCUUCCCCUUUUAUUAUUUUGCUUUAUUCAAUAAAGACUUAUCUUCCCAAAUAA